AUGGCCACCCUAUCAACAUCACCCAUCUCCGCUCUCUGGGUCUCCUGGACAGACAUGGAUAAACUCGUCGACGUCGAAAUCUACAACUCACCCCAAAUGACCAAAUGGACAAAGGCCCAAGUCAAAUCCCAGUUCGCCUCCAAAGACCUCGCUCCCAUCUGCUGUCCCCACCUCCGCGCUUCCCGCAUCCCAGAAGCCAUUGUCGGAAUCAAUAAUUCGCGGAACAACGCCCCGGCUAUGCAAUACUACAUGGCAAACAACAGGUUCUGGCUCGCACACCGUAUUUUAUUGCAGGCGCAGUUCCAGUCUGCGGUGAGGUUUACGACGGAUGAGUGUUACUAUUUGCUGGAGGAGGGGGAGGCGGUUGUGGAGGUUAAUGGACGGCCGUUGACGGGCGUGGAGAAGGGAAUGUUGGAUGUUGAGCCGGGGAAGGUGGAUAUGAGUGAGCUGCAGCCGACGGAGAUGAAGAUGCAUCUUGGAGUUGCGAUGAGGAUUCCGCCGUAUACGGUGCAUUGCUUUAAGGUCAAGGAGGACAGUUUGGUUACGGCCGGGUGUAUUGUGCCGAGGGGAAGGGAGGAGUAG